AUGUGCGAGCAAAUUCAUGACCUUCGACGUGGCUUCAGUCUGACUCUUCCGCUUACUCUCCUUCCUCUUCUUCCUCCUCCUUUUACACGCCAUCCUCCUCCCUUUACUCUUCUUUCUCCUCCGUUUACUAUUCCUCAUCCUUUUACACGUCAUCCUCCUCCCUUUACCCUUCUUUCUCCUCCGUUUACUAUUCCUCCUCCUUUUACACGUCAUCCUCCUCCUUUUACUCUUCUUUCUCCUCCGUUUACUAUUCCUCUUCCUUUUACACGUUAUCCUCCUCCUUUUACUCGUCAUCCUCCUCCUUUUACUCUUCUUUCUCCUCCGUUUACUAUUCCUCCUCCUCCUUUUACUCUUCUUUCUCCUCCGUUUACUAUUCCUCCGCCUUUUCCGUGUCAUCCUCUUCCUUUAACAUUUCCGUUACUCUUCACUUUAAUACAUACUCCUUUUAGUCAACCUUAUACGGCUACUCCUCCUAUGAUUAUUCAUCCUCCGCCUUUCAUUUUUUCCUCCUCCUUUUGCUUUUUCUCCUCCUCCUCCUCCUCCAGUUAUUUCUCUUCUUUUCUAGUUCUGCAUCUCCCCCUUUUUAUCAUUCUCUCUAUACUUUAUACAUUCCUCUACCUUCGUCCAAUCUCCACCCCUCCCUCCGUCUCCUCCAACUGCUACCUCUUCUUUCUCUUAACAUUUCUUUUUUUCUCCUUUUCUUUCUCUUUCCUUUAUAUUUCAUUUUCCUUCAUUUUUCCUUCGCUUGUUUCAUCUUUCUUUCCUCUCAUUUUCCUCCUUCCUCGUUUUAUCCAAAUCAAAAUUCUUUGUAUAGAUAUUUGA